GUGAUUGGACGUGUUUUUGUGACUAUUUGGGAAGAAGACACCUUCCUAAUCAGAUUUACUCCAAUAUCUUCCCGGACCCUCAUGAGUGGAUUGUAAUUGACUUGAAGAAGCAGCACCCUCAGGACUGAAUCUGAACAAUGGAGACAGCACUAGCAAAAAUACCACAGCAAAGGCAAGUCUUUUUUCUUACUAUAUUGUCGUUAUUGUGGAAGUCUAGCUCUGAGGCCAUUAGAUAUUCCAUGCCAGAAGAAACAGAGAGUGGCUAUAUGGUGGCUAACCUGGCGAAAGAUCUGGGGAUCAGGGUUGGAGAACUGUCCUCUAGAGGAGCUCAAAUCCAUUACAAAGGAAACAAAGAACUUUUGCAGCUGGAUGCAGAGACUGGGAAUUUGUUCUUAAAGGAAAAACUAGACAGAGAACUGCUGUGUGGAGAGACAGAACCCUGUGUGCUGAACUUCCAGAUCAUACUGGAAAACCCUAUGCAGUUCUUCCAAACUGAACUGCAGCUCACAGAUAUAAACGACCAUUCUCCAGAGUUCCCCAACAAGAAAAUGCUUCUAACAAUUCCUGAGAGCGCCCAUCCAGGAACUGUGUUUCCUCUGAAGGCAGCUCAGGACUCUGACAUAGGGAGCAACGCUGUUCAGAACUACACAGUCAAUCCCAACCUCCAUUUCCACGUCGUUACUCACAGUCGCACAGAUGGCAGGAAAUACCCAGAGCUGGUGGUGGACAGAGCCCUGGAUAGGGAGGAGCAGCCUGAGCUCACUUUAAUCCUCACUGCUCUGGAUGGUGGAACCCCACGCCGCUCAGGAACCACCACAGUUCACAUAGAAGUUGUGGACAUCAAUGAUAACUCCCCCCAGUUUGUACAGUCACUCUAUAAGGUGCAAGUUCCUGAGAAUAAUCCCCUCAAUGCCUUUGUUGUCACGGUCUCUGCCACGGAUUUAGAUGCUGGGGUAUAUGGCAAUGUGACCUAUUCUCUGUUUCAAGGGUAUGGGGUAUUUCAACCAUUUGUAAUAGACGAAAUCACUGGAGAAAUCCAUCUGAGCAAAGAGCUGGAUUUUGAGGAAAUUAGCAAUCAUAACAUAGAAAUCGCAGCCACAGAUGGAGGAGGCCUUUCAGGAAAAUGCACUGUGGCUGUACAGGUGUUGGAUGUGAAUGACAACGCCCCAGAGUUGACAAUUAGGAAGCUCACAGUCCUGGUCCCAGAAAAUUCCGCAGAGACUGUAGUUGCUGUUUUUAGUGUUUCUGAUUCUGAUUCGGGGGACAAUGGAAGGAUGGUGUGUUCUAUUCCGAACAAUAUCCCAUUUCUCCUGAAACCCACAUUUGAGAAUUAUUACACGUUAGUGACUGAGGGGCCACUUGAUAGAGAGAACAGAGCUGAGUACAACAUCACCAUCACGGUCUCAGAUCUGGGCACACCCAGGCUCACAACCCAGCACACCAUAACAGUGCAAGUGUCCGACAUCAACGACAACGCCCCUGCCUUCACCCAAACCUCCUACACCAUGUUUGUCCACGAGAACAACAGCCCCGCCCUGCACAUAGGCACCAUCAGUGCCACAGACUCAGACUCAGGCUCCAAUGCCCACAUCACCUACUCGCUGCUGCCGCCUGAUGACCCGCAGCUGGCCCUCGACUCGCUCAUCUCCAUCAAUGUUGACAAUGGGCAGCUGUUCGCGCUCAGAGCUCUAGACUAUGAGGCUCUGCAGUCCUUCGAGUUCUACGUGGGCGCUACAGAUGGAGGCUCGCCUGCACUCAGCAGCCAGACUCUGGUGCGGAUGGUGGUGCUGGAUGACAAUGACAAUGCCCCCUUCGUGCUCUACCCACUGCAGAAUGCCUCAGCACCCUGUACUGAGCUACUGCCUAGGGCAGCAGAGCCCGGCUACCUGAUCACCAAAGUGGUGGCUGUGGAUCGCGACUCUGGACAGAAUGCUUGGCUGUCGUUCCAGCUACUUAAAGCUACAGAGCCAGGGCUGUUCAGUGUAUGGGCACACAAUGGUGAAGUGCGCACCACUAGGCUGCUGAGUGAGCGAGAUGCUCAGAAGCACAAGCUACUGCUGCUGGUCAAGGACAAUGGCGAUCCUCUGCGCUCUGCCAAUGUCACUCUUCACGUGCUAGUGGUGGAUGGCUUCUCGCAGCCUUACCUACCAUUGGCUGAGGUGGCACAGGAUUCCAUGCAAGAUAAUUACGACGUUCUCACACUGUACCUAGUCAUUGCCUUGGCAUCUGUAUCUUCUCUCUUCCUCUUGUCUGUAGUGCUGUUUGUGGGGGUGAGGCUGUGCAGGAGGGCCAGGGAGGCCUCCUUGGGUGACUACUCUGUGCCCGAGGGACACUUUCCUAGCCACCUAGUGGAUGUCAGCAGUGCUGGGACCCUGUCCCAGAGUUAUCAAUAUGAGGUGUGUCUUAAUGGAGGUACUAGAACAAAUGAGUUUAACUUUCUUAAACCAUUGUUUCCUAUCCUUCCGACCCAGGCUGCUGCUGCUGAAGAAAGAGAAAACGCUGUUGUGCACAAUAGCGUUGGAUUCUAUUAGAGCACUGAUUUUGAAGUGGUGGUUACCUCAUUUUUCCUUAACUAUCCCUGAUGUAGAAUGGUGUAGUGCCGUGAAUCAACUCCUGAGAUAUAUGUUCAUUUUAUCCUUUGUUUUGAAUCAAACUAUUCAGAUGUGAUCCUACUCUAGAGAAUUUGGUUCUACUCCAUUGUGUUUGUUUAGAUUUCUACGCCAUACCAGUGCAUGCUGGGUUGUUUUUUUUUUUUUACAAUUAUUAUAACUUUGCUUUGGAGGGGAACUCAUAUUCGCUGUAACGAAUUGGAACCACUUUCAUUGUUAGAGAUGCCUUGCUUUGUUGUGUUAUUUCAGACAGGGUCUUAAAUUGUAGCCCUGGGUGACCUGAAAUGACUAUGUACAGACUGACUUUGAAUUUGUGGCAGUCCAUCUGCCUCUGUUGUCCUAUGUUGGGAUUGUGAGCAUGCAUGAGUAGGCUCAGCUGUGGUGAGCGACCUUAAUAAAAAUCAAAUACU